ACUUCUCAUUUUCAGCUGCUUGUCCGACUCUUCAAGCUGUCCUUUUCCCACUGUUACUCGCAAACUUCCUUGAUUUUCUGAAAAAGGUGCCAAGGAGGCUAAUAUAUAUAAAGGGGCGGGUGCAUAAUUGAAGAUUAAAGAACAAAUAAAUAAUAAAACAAACCCCUCGAUGAAGUUAGGAAGGUGAUUUAUUUAAUGGUGGGGGAAAUAAUCUCUUUAUAUUCCAUGCAUGCUGGAGCCCUUUGAAGGAUGUGGUGCAAUUUUCCUUGCGCGAUACAGGAACAUAAAGCCAAAUAUGUGUAGAUCACUGGAAGCAUCGGAUUGAGUCUGAUUUUCAGUCUUCAGGUUUGGAUUAUUGCUUUAGUGGAUUAUUCUAAGGUAAUAAUAUUAACGAUAAUCAGCCUCAUCAUCAUAAUUAUGUUCGGGAAUCCCGAUUUUCGCACCACCGGUUUGUCACCGGAGGAUUGACGUGCGGGGGAAGAAUAAUUAUCCCAAGUUGUGCGAACGCAGACGUUGGAUUAUACACACCGUUCUUACCUGCUUUCCUCGCCCUUUUGGAAAUAUCAUGAUUUUUAUUAACAUUUUCAGCGUUAUUCUACUUUUAGAUGAAAUUCUACAAGGUGUGAGCAGCUCAUCAGCACUGUCCAGCACUGGAACACAGGGAUGGAGGACUCCAGUGGACUGUGUCAGAGCAAAUGAGCUGUGCACUGUUGAUUCGCAGUGUAGCUCUCGGUAUCGGACCCUACGCCAGUGUUUGGCUGGGCGCGAUAGGAAUACCAUGCUUGCAAAUAAGGAGUGUCAGGCUGCCCUGGAGGUCCUCCAGGAGAGUUAUCUCUAUGACUGCCGUUGCAAAAGGGGAAUGAAGAAGGAGCUUCAGUGUUUACAGAUUUAUUGGAGCAUUCACCUGGGUUUAACUGAAGGAGAAGAAUUUUAUGAAACAUCCCCCUAUGAGCCUGUCAGUUUCCGUCUCUCUGAUAUAUUCCGAUUGGCCUCCAUCACUUCAGAUCGCUGUUCAGAUACUGGAAAACCCUGUAACCCUUGCCUGGAUGCUGCUAAGACCUGCAAUUUAAAUGAAAACUGCAAAAAACAACGCUCUCUCUAUAUCUCCACAUGUAUCCGGUAUAACCCUUCCCAAGAAUCAUGUAAUCGACGAAAAUGCCACAAGUCACUGCGGCAGUUUUUUGACCGAGUGCCAACAGAGUACAGCUAUCAGCUCCUCUUCUGCUCCUGCCGGGACCAAGCAUGUGCUGAACGAAGGAGACAAACGAUUGUGCCAGGAUGCUCUUAUGAAGAAAAAUCUAAACCUAACUGUCUAGAUUUAAGAAGUUUAUGCCGAGGGGAUCAUGUUUGCAGGUCAAGAUUAGCUGACUUUCAUAUGAAUUGUCAGACAACCUUCCAUUCCAUCACAUCUUGCCCUAAUGAUAACUAUCAAGCAUGUCUGGCCUCCUACACAGGACUUAUUGGGUUUGAUAUGACUCCCAACUAUGUCGACUCCAGCCACACUAACAUUGUAGUUGCCCCCUGGUGCUCGUGUAAAGGAAGUGGCAAUCGAGAGGAGGAAUGUGAAAAAUUUUUAAGGGAUUUCACAGAAAAUACCUGCCUCCGAAACGCAAUUCAGGCAUUUGGGAAUGGCACAGAUGUCAACAUUAUCCCAAAAACGCCUUCCAUUACUACAACUCCAUUGCUGACAACAAGCCAGGAACCAGAAGAAAACUCUGAGUCAUUUGGGAAUCCCAAUGAUAUCAAGCCUAAAGAUGAUGCCUGUGCUUUCACCACUUGUAGUAAUAUUCAAGACAGUGGAACAAAGUGCAACUUCUCAAAGGAACAAAUUAUCUGCCUACCUGAGAACCAAGUGGAUCCUUCUAAGUCUGGCACUCCUUCAGAAAUGGAAAACCUUUCAGAAUCUGGCAGUAAGGACGAUAUCAGUUCGGCCCAAGUCCAGCUGUGCAGCAGUGCUGUGUUUCUAAUGGCAUCCUGCGUAACUGUGAAACUGGUUUUAUAAAGAUCAAGUUGAAAGUUCAUAAAACAACAUGCUUAUAAGCAGACCCAGAGCGAGGGAACUGUGAUUUUAUUCACAUUUAUGUUUCAAAUAUGAGCUUUUCUGAAGACAAAUAACAGAGUACACAAGGCAUGACAGUCGUGACGACUAACUGCCAUGGUUUAGACAAGCUCUUGAUUCCAAAGUAAAGACCUACUGAAACUCACACAGAACAGUUCAUAGCAGGGUCAUUCUUCCUUUGGCUGCUUUGGGAUCAUUCCCAUGAUUCAGCCAAAUACAAUUUGUUCUUAUUUAGAGGGACUGUUUAUUUACAUUUACAGAUAAGUGCAAUGACCUUGAAAAAUCAAAAGACAAAAAUGAUACAUUUGGAUAAGUUGGAUCGGCGUGCACUGUGAACAAAGGAUCUGCCCCGUGUUUGUUUCCCCACAUGGCACGCAGCCUGGAGGGAGUUCAUCUGCAGACAACAGUGCUAUCAUUUUUCAAUAUAUUAUUUUCUUUAUUUUUUUAUCAGUUAGUUGCCCAGAUAUAUACUAUUCAAAAAAAAUAAUUUUGGUAUUAUCAUUAUUAUGUCAACAUAAUUUGUAAGUACUGAAUUAUACAGUAAACUGAUAUAAGCAUAUGUAACAUUUACACAUGUGUAAAAUAAACACAUUUAUAUAUACAUACUGUAUAUCAUAAAACAAAUGUGUGUACCAGAAAGUGCUUAAGCAAAGAAAUUUAAACAAAAGGAAAUUCCCUGUAGCUAUUUUUAUUAAUAUGCUCAUUAGCAUUAUCCUAUUCAGUAUUGUUCUUAAAUGUAGUUCUCUUCACAGUGGACUGGCUCAGAGCACUUUACAGAUUUACAAAUAUAAAUCAGCUACCUUUUCAUUAUAUCAGCAUUACUAACAAUGCCUUUAACAGUAGCAGGUACUUUUGAGCAGAAUUCUUAUUUUUAGGAGAAAUGGCAUCCGAAUUCUCUUAGACAGCAGCAUAUUUACGGUAUGUACGAGUUUUUUGGGAAGAUGACCAAUUAGCUUAAAAUAAUCAUUCAGUUUUAGACUAAUUAUUUUUCUCAGACUAAUGUAAUGCAGCACAGUGACUUUUGUUUUGGUCAAUCAUUGCUCAUAUAUUUAUAUAUAUAUAUAUAUAUAAAUCAUAUAUCUCAAGCUGUACCAUACUAUAUUGUGCUCUACUCAAGUGAAUAAGCCCUUGUUUUGCAUAUAAAGCACAGAUUGUUCUACUAUACAUUCAAGGUCAUAUUUUACUGAUUGUAUUUUUAUUGCCUUAUGCAUGGUCAGGCUGACUGAGAAAAUGGAACCUAAAAUAUUUACUAUAGGAUAAUCACCUCAUUUAAAUUGUUCUAAUUAAAAACACAUUAUUGUUUCAGCUCUUCCCAUUUUUAAGCAAAACACAUUUUUCUAAAGAACUCCCAGAACAUGUGCAUCUUGACAUGCAAUCCAACAUUCUAAAUUAGUGAAGUAACAAUGGAUUUACUUAUCAGUAAACAAACGAUGAGAUCUAAAAUGCUUUUUGCUACAACAGGUAAUAUUUCUCUCCAACAUUCUCAUUAUCAAGCAGCAUUGCAGUUUGCCAUUUCUUUCCAUUGCUUGUAAUAUAAAUAAAAUGCAUCUGUUCUAUGGUGCAACUCCUAUCCUUCACUAAUAAUAGUAUUAAUAAUUUUGAAACAUGAAAUGUUUGAUAAUCAUUGCUUCCAUUUCUUACUCUUCACUCUGUCUAUAGAUUCAGAUUGUGGAAACAGAUAUGAUAUUCUCAUUCCAUGAAAAUGAAAUUCAUUUGAAAUUGUUAAAUUGUGUCUUUUCAGUUCUUUGUUAAGGUAAACCUCAAUUCUAAACAGCAAUUGCGUCUUGUUGGUUGUACUCUGUGUAAACAUAUUUGUAAAAUAUCCGGUUUGUUUAGCUCAUUUCAGCUUUCCAGAAGAGGUUUUGAAAGGGAUGAAUUUGGAAAUAUUUUGGCAGCCCUUUUAGCACAUUAAAGUAAGGACUGUGGUCUUCCUGACUGAUAUGGAGCACCUGCUGCUUUUUCCUUGAUUUUGUUUUUCUUCUCGUGAAAGCGAAGAAAAUUUUGUAAAUAUUUCAGUAUCAUUAUCAGACACAUUAAAAACAUAUAAUAAUUCCAUCCCACCUGAAAGGUGUGUUUAACCAUUUUUUGUACCAAAAUCUGCAGUAUUAACACUGUAACAGUCCACAGAAUGUUAACGGUUGCAAUCUGCUCUUCCUAUGUGCUUGCUGUUAAAUCGGCCAAAGUACACACACCUUCAAAACAAUUUCUCCUGUAACAGGUUUUAAUUUUUAUUUGGCCUCUUCAAUGCUCUCUUCUGUUUAAAGGCAAUUUCUUGCUAUUUGUUUUACAUUCACUUAUCUUCAGAGUAAGAUAUUCCAUUUUUUAACAAAGGUGUGAUACUCUGCUUUUCCUGCACUCCCAUUAACAUCCUCCUUGUAGGACUGUACCAUAGCUGUAAAGCAAGUGUUCUUUCUGAUUAAAUAUUUUAGCAAGUGCCAUUACUCAAGGCAACUUAAAUGGUCUCUGCACAUGGCAAGUUUAACAUAUAUUUUUUUACAAGUAAAUCAAGUGAAAUGAUUUAGGAGACACAUAGUGAGUCAGAGGUGAGAAAUGAAGUGGCAGCCUUGUACGUUAAACUCUAAUGGCAUGACCACUAGGCCACAAUGACUGUUUCUUGUAUUCUCGCUAUCCACAAUACAUAUCAUUUUAGAUUUUCUUCUGUCUGUUUCUCUCUCUCUCUAAAUCUACAGUAAAUAUAGUGUAUAUAAUAUACACAUACUGUAUAUCAGUUUCUUCACCUGUUUAAACUAGUACAGUAUUGCAUGAAAGCUACAGUCUAUCAGACACAACUCUGGAAACAAAACAAGUCCAUCAUGGGACACACGUAUCCACCGUGGAGUACUGCCCUGGAAGAAUGUGCAAACGCAAACACAGUCAUUGGUCCUUUUGGAUUUAAAUUUGAACGAUUGCAGCUGUAAGUCAGCAGUGCAAUCCACUCCACCGACGCCCUACCCUGUUUCAGAAAUAUGCACAGAUAACUCAAUACCAACAUUUGUUUCUACCUUUUUUUUUUUUCAUUUUUGUGUUGCAGGGAGCUGGACCCUGCAAUUUAAUUUAUUUCAUAUUAAUCUGUUAAUUCUAGGCACAUACAUAAGCUUCAUAUAAUAAUUUCUUCAAUUUGUUUAUGAUUCUGUCGAGAGCCAAGAGUCAAUUCUAGCAGCAGAGGGA